AUGGAAGAGAUCGAUUCAAAAGCCAUUCUCGAGAGCUAUGGGCUCUUCAUGGACGACAUCUCGCAAAUUCGAGUCGUUGAUUCUAAAUCAGCUGAUUCCGCCCAGAACGCAAAGACCUGCACCGACAGAUUCGUGAUGGACGUCCAGGACCUCCAGCGAAUUCUCAAAGACUUUUCCGAAGAGUCAGCAAAGCUAGCCGAGCAAGUGAAGCAACGAAAACUGAUCGCGAUCGCUGCUCGCGCCAAAUUACAAGCAGUCACACGAGAGGCCGAACUCGAAAAGAUAGCCUUGCUCGAGAAAAUCGAAGAACAAAAGCUGCAAGCAGAGCGACUCCGAGCUGAACACGACGCUCUCAAGAGGAUCGAGCAAAGCCAGAAUAUCAUUUUGCAGCAAUUCAACGACUAA